AUGGUUGUUGCAUCAACAGGUUGCAACCAAUCAUGUGGUGGGAAGAAAGUUCUUUUUCCAUUCGGAUUCUCAACCGGGUGCCAAAUCCGGCUGAAUUGUGGCUUGAAUGGCACCAUGUUCAUUAAUGAGUUUCCGAUACUAUCUAUUGACUCUGAUACCAUAUUGAUGAACCUCCCAGCCAAAUGCAACCGAUCCAUUAAUGCCCUCUUUAGUCUCUUCACCUCAAACUAUGCUCCAACUUCGAGUAACGCGAUUCUUCUGCGAAACUGCAGAGCCCCUCGAACUGCGUGUUACAUCCCUAGAACACAGGUACAGACUAACUUCGAGCUGCCGGAUUGCAAUCCCAAGAAUGAGAACAUCAGCUGCUAUUCUGAGACGAACAUUCAGAGCAUGUUCAUCGACUUUCAUAACUUGACAAAAAGCACCUGUCAGAUCCUAUUUUCAGCCAUCUCAAUGGAGUCAUUAGCCAAUACUUCUGUUUCUUUGGAUGUUCAAAUGGUUAGAAUGGGGUGGUGGCUUCAAGGGGAAUGCCACUGCUCCAACAAUGCUAAAUGCACUAAUUUUUCGUCGCCUGUUGAACGAAAACCAGCAUAUCGGUGCGAAUGCAACGAAGGUUUCACCGGUGAUGGAUACAAGGCCGGCUUGGGUUGCCGGAAAGAUUCAGAGACAUGCAAUCCUGCAAAGUACUUAUCAGGCAAGUGUGGAGGAACAACUAGAGUUGGUGCUUUAGUAGGAGGUGUUGCAGCAGGUGCUUCAUUGAUGGUCAGUUUAGGUCUCAUAUGUUGUUUCAUUCGAAGAAGAUCGAAAUUGAGAAUCAGUAGCAGAAAAAGACGCCAAUUAUGUGAAGAGACAGGGAUUAGUAUUCCUGUGUAUCCUUACAAGGAAAUGGAGAAAGCUACAGAUUUCUUCUGUGAAGACCGAAGACUUGGAAAUGGCGCUUAUGGGACUGUGUAUUCGGGAAAACUGCAAAGCGACGAAUGGGUUGCAAUCAAAAGGAUCAAGCAUAGAGACCCUGACAGUAUUGAACAAGUAAUCAAUGAAAUCAAGCUUCUGUCCUCACAUCUGCAAAGAGAAAAGGGCAAUGGACUGCCCUGGCCGGUUCGUCUCACUAUCGCUGCGGAAACCGCUCAAGCUAUAUCCUAUCUACACAAUGCUAUGCACCCUCCUAUUUAUCACAGGGACAUAAAAUCCAGCAACAUUCUCCUGGAUUACAAUUACAAAUCAAAAGUUGCAGAUUUUGGGCUUUCUAGACUAGGGUUGGUUGAAUCAUCCCAUAUCUCAACCGCGCCUCAAGGUACUCCGGGAUAUCUUGAUCCUCAGUAUCAUCAGCAUUUCCAUUUGUCUGAUAAAAGCGAUGUCUAUAGUCUGGGGGUUGUUCUUAUUGAGAUCAUAACAGCCUUAAGAGUAGUGGAUUUUAGUCGACCACAGAACGAGGUUAAUUUAGCUGCUCUUGCUGUAGACUGCAUUGGAAAAGGGCAUUUGGAAGAGAUUAUCGACCCCUUACUUAAACAAAACGCAGAUGCUUGGACUCUUUCAUCAAUACACAAGGUAGCUGAAUUGGCAUUCAGAUGUCUUGCAUUUCAUAGGGACAUGAGGCCUUCAAUGAUGGAAGUAGCCAUUGAACUGGAACAAAUUAGGCUCAGUAAGUUGGCGAUCACAGAAGAUUGCAUCACAGCUUCAUCAGAGGCAUCCUCAAAUUCAUCUUCCUCCAAUUUAAGUGAGAAACCACUGAAUCUCACUGUUAAAAAGCAUGACUUAGAUAGCAUAGGACUGUUUGGUAGCCAAGAUUAUUCUAGAGUAUCCUCGCACAACUUGCCAAGUGAACAAAGCUCACCAUCAUCAAAUAGUUUGCUAAAUUAUGCCAUCCCUUAA